GUUUUAUACAUACUCGAUCUCGAUCUUUAUAAAUGCUAAAUUUUAAUCAACGCUUGUGAACGCUUUAAUAAAUUAAUAAUAAUGUGAAGUGGGAGUGAAAUCACGUUAAUUCCUCAGUGAUAUUCGUUCAAUGUUCGUGUUGAACUCCUCUAUAAUUAAAUCUGAAUUUAAAAAUAGUCAAACAAAUCACACGCUUGCCUACUUUACGUAAAUAAACGAAUUCAUAAAUAAAAUAGAUACGCAAAAUGCACCCUGCAAAAACAGUGAAAACAGAGCACAAGUAUCUGCAAAAAACUUUCCAAAAUAAGCACGUUUAGGAACAACCCAUACUGCAGUCAACAUGCAUUUACAGGAUUACCUCAGAAACGACGAAAAUGCAUCCUCGCCAGGCGAUGGUAAUCACAACCUUACAUGUCAGCCUCCUUCCAACCAGGAGCAGUACAUAAGUCUUAGCCGUGAUUGCCAGAAGAAUCUGUUUAGACUUCAUCCACCGCCCCCAUCGAAACCACCGCCGCUUGCGGGUGCCAUCCUGCAAUCCCGUCUUUUACAGCACAUCAGCUCGGGCGCGAAUGCAGCAGACGCGGAAGCACUAGAGGAGCACCGAUACCCAAAUGUCCUGCAGAGGUCGGCCACUUUGCCAGCGAAGCACAACCGCCUAGGGGUUCGCAGCCGCGUGACUUUCAAGGUGCCAUCGUCUACAACCCCUGCACCUGAUCCAGAUCCAGGUCCUGAUCCAGCCCAAAAUCAGGCCGCUGCUGCCGAAAGAGCCAGAAUCGUGCUAGGUCCCAAGGAGAAGGAAUCUUGCAAAAUGACUUCCGAAGAUUUGCUGCAGCCGGGGCAUGUUGUAAAGGAACGUUGGAAGGUGGUGCGUAAAAUCGGUGGAGGCGGUUUUGGAGAAAUUUACGAAGGACAAGACCUUAUAACACGUGAACAAGUCGCACUUAAAGUAGAGUCCGCCCGCCAGCCUAAGCAGGUGCUUAAAAUGGAAGUAGCCGUUCUAAAGAAAUUACAGGGGAAGGAGCACGUAUGUCGAUUCAUCGGAUGUGGACGAAAUGAUCGAUUUAACUAUGUGGUAAUGCAGCUUCAAGGAAAGAAUUUAGCUGAGCUCCGCCGCGCUCAGCCGCGAGGCGCAUUUUCGCUUAGUACAACACUUAGGUUAGGGUUACAAAUUCUAAAGGCCAUUGAAUCCAUACAUUCUGUGGGAUUCCUUCACCGUGAUAUUAAACCGAGCAACUUUUCCGUGGGUCGAUUGCCUUAUAAUUGUCGACGCGUCUAUAUGCUAGACUUUGGAUUGGCGCGUCAGUAUACCACAGGAACUGGAGAAGUGCGUUGUCCAAGAGCUGCAGCUGGAUUUCGCGGCACCGUUCGCUAUGCCUCUAUAAAUGCACACCGCAAUAGGGAAAUGGGACGGCACGACGAUCUGUGGUCUCUGUUUUAUAUGCUCGUCGAAUUCGUAAAUGGACAACUGCCGUGGCGAAAGAUAAAAGACAAGGAACAAGUUGGGUUGACGAAAGAAAAGUAUGACCACAGAAUACUGUUGAAACAUUUGCCGUCAGAUUUAAAGCAAUUUCUAGAGCAUAUUCAAUCUCUUACCUAUGCAGAUCGACCGGACUACGCGAUGCUUAUCGGGUUAUUCGAGCGGUGUAUGAAAAGACGCGGCGUCAAAGAGUCUGACCCAUACGACUGGGAAAAAGUGGAUUCUGCAACUAUUGGCAAUAUAAGUACAUCAGGCAAUCCGCCCGUUCCUGCUAAAAACGAUUACAUUCACGGGAAUAUAACACAAAUGACCGUAGCAGCAUCUAACGCAAGCGGAACGGAAUACGUGCGGAAGAGAGGUGAUAUCGAGACAGCUCAUAUUACAGCGACCGAGCCCUUACAUAUUAAAGAUAAGGUUGAUAGAAACUGCAACGCAACCACACUGGCACCGCAACCAAAAGCAUCUGGAGAAGCCAACGUACAACAUGGCUAUACGGCAAAUAAUCAAAAUAUCACACCAAAAGGAAUGAUGCAGCAGCAGUCCCCGUUAGCUAUGAAUUCCCAAGCUGCAAUAUCUAAUAUGCAAAGUGCACCAAUCAAGUCACCAAUGGUUGGGAUAGGAAGCCAUGAUGUGCAGGUUCAUACAAAGAGCUCUCAACCACAAAACGGGGCUGUAUCGUUUUCCACAACAAAUCAAAACAAUUCCGCGCCAGUAUACGGCAAUUCAUAUCUACAAUUGGAAGAUAAAGCACCAACUAAGUUUUUACCAACAAAACCAAAUGCGGAGUCCGAAAGUACAAUUGACGUCGCUGCUAAGAGUGUAUUUGAAGAGAAAAUCGUCGAUACAAAUAACUCUGAAAGUGCUAAUAAAGCUUUCCUUUGCGGGGAACAACAGCACCAAAAACCGCAACUGAAACAGCUAAAUUCGCCAGAUUCCGCCAACAAGCAAGUGCAGAAACCGGGAAACGUAACAAACGAAAAGGGCUCUGAAGUCAAACGGGCAUCGGAGGAACAGAAGUCAACCUUUGGGCGUCUCCGUGUGCUUACAGCUCCUCCAAUGAGUGUACAUGAUCUAACAACAGGGGGCCAUAGCCAGCAAGGGACUGAAUUUUCAACGAAACAAGAACAACAGCCCACAAGCUCCAAUGUUGGUCCCGCCGCCGGGAACAGCUCGUCCUCAAAACUUGCCAUCAAUCAGCACUGUCAAAUUUUUGGAAUGACUGUAAUGCCGCAAGUUAAUCGUCGUUCGGCAACGUCUACCAAUUUAAGACCAUCUUCCUCUGGCGCAAACACAAAUUCAGUUCAAAGAAUCAAUAGUGGGUCAACAGGUGGUGGAGGUGGAACUGGAAGCAACACCGCCAGAAGCAGUGUUGCAGGUGAUCAUUCGGUCACCCAAUUUGCUUUAAUAGACGACGAGAAUGUCUCAGCAUUACAACAGGUAACCAAAGGCGGAGCUCUUACGCUGGCUUCCCAGUGGAAGAGUCAGUUUGAUGACUCAGAGGACACUACGGACAACGAAUGGAACAGAGAACCACAGUCGCAACCCAAUUUGGAGCAGUUGAUUAAACUGGAUAUUUCAUUGCCCCUAAAUGAAGCCAAACAAUUUUGUCAAAAUGUCGUCGCUGAUACAGGCAAAUCAACUAAUACUCCUAUCGAAGGGAAAGACAGGCCGAAAAGAUAUACACUAAACAUAACUGGAAUCGAGAAUUAUGAAGCGUUGAGAAUCUCUAUACCGCACUGUUGGUCUGAGCCUGCAAUGGGUAAUGUAUUACGUAAAGACUUGGAACCACCGGCUGUGCAACAAGCUGCAUUUGAUGACACAGUAUAUCGCAUGGAUAUAGCAAGGAAUGUUUGUGUUCGAGAAACAUACUCAGAGAUCACUCCAUUGGACAAAGCUAAGCCUACCACUUCCUUAGUUUCAAGGGGUGUCCCACCUUCCCCUUUUAAGGAGGACACCACGUUUCAGUUGAACACUUCAAAUGAUAGUCAAGCUAAAUCGAAACAUCGAAGCAGCCUUCCUAACGUGUCAGUUGCCGAUAUAUUUGACGACCAACCGAUUCAGUCGAAUUCUGACGCAAUGCUGGCAGAAGACGUCAAUAAACCCUGGAAAGUACAGACAACGGCUAGCCAAAGAAGUAAUUUGGCUUUAAGCUCAGCGGUCCAAGAAAAAAACGGUUGUAUUAGUGGUCGACUAGAAAUUCGUGUUAUUCCAAAAGAAACCUCUCAUCUGGACGAUUCCGUUUACUAUGAUGCACUGGCAGCUAUUAAAAAUACUCCAACCGCAAAUCAAGCCCCUGACCUUUCUGAUAAAGCACCUAUUUUCUGUGAUGAAAUAAAAGAAAAUGCUGCAGUGAUAGCUUCCCCAUCAAGUACGGUCAACAAAUUUACGAAACCAAUCUACAAGGAUACAACCGAAUCUCGUAUCGAAGCUUAUUGCUGUAGCUUACAUUCUUCUGGCGUCAAUAACCUGAAGAUAAAUGGGAAUAGUGAAUCAUGCAAUGCGUUGAAUGAUCAACCAAAUUGCCAUGCAGGUGACUCCAAAACUCCGUUGACAGGAGGCAGCACUGACGGUUACAGGGAAACUGAGUCAGGAUGUGAUCUUCCACUAUUAAAUCCUAGCAAAAUUCCAAUACGGCAAUCAAAAUGUGCAUCAUGGGCGGGUGCUGAUACUGCAAUAAAUUCAUCUAAGGCACUUGAGUCCAUAGACGCCCUUCCGGAAACCCCUUACAAUCCCCAAAUUGACACGCCAAAUUCUGUAACGGAUACUAUACCUGGUCGCAAAAACACAUACUCCACUGGUUUAGAAUAUCCUCCUAAUAUAACGGAUCUUACCCCAGGCUUACGUCGUCGGAGGGAAUCUGCUGAAGGAAAGUAUGUCACAGAUCCAACGCAACUGCAAUUAAAAUUCCAAAGACCGCGAUCACGAACUUCUAGCAGGACCCGUGGCAUUCCCAAUACAAUGUUAGGAAAUUUUGAUGAUAACGAUACUAUUACUAGCGCGGAAAAACAUAGACUUAUCGGGGCCCAAGUUGUUCAAAUCGAAGAAUCAAAUAAUGUACCAACGAGUAAAUAUUCCGCUGACCUACAACCUAAAUGCAACAUUUCACCACCACCGGGAGAUCCAAAAAUUGAAAACAGCGCGCGUCUUCGACGUUAUAGGCAUAACUUAGAAUAAUUAAAUAACUUCAGGUCUGCAGCAUACUAAAUUGCGCUUCAGAACAGUGAAUCAUGGUGGUUAGGGUCUACAACUGUCCCUACUUAUACUCCUAAUUUGUAUACAGCUGUUUGACAAACAAAACCAGUAGCAAGAACAUCUUUAAUUUUUAAAGUUUGAACCAGUAUUCUGCAACAUAUUGCCUUUGAUUUCGGAACUAAAAUAUGAAUUUUUGUUAUCUAUAGAAGAGGUCACUUUUAUUUAUACCCUUGACUCGUAGAUUAAAAGGUUGUAUUAGAUUCGUGGGAAGGUAUGCAACACGUAGAAGGUAGCGUUUCCGAACCUAUAAAGUGUAUAUAUUUUUGAUCGGGAUCAAUAGUCGUCUGUCUGUCCGUCCGUAUAAACGCCGAGAACUCGGAAACUGUAAAAGCUAGAAAGUUGUAUUUUUUGACGAAUUUGUUUCAUUGAAACUAAAAUUGAAAUUGAUUUUAUUGAUUGAUUAUUGCCAAUCGCAUUAUUAAUAUAAUAGUUAUAACUUACUAUGUUAAACAUGCUUCGUUUUUUCUUUAAAGCACCCCCGAACUUACGAGUGUUCUGUUAUAACAAAAGUCUUCUGUUCAACUGUCAAUUCACAAUCGUAUUGAUAUGUAUCUCAUUGGUUAGAUUGAGCAAAAGUUUGGUUUUAAAGGCCUGAAUUACAAUUUUUCAAUUUUAAUAUUCUUUAAGCCCAAGAAUCUGCAAGUCAAUUCCCAACAAUCUAGCUCUUUUAGAGUCCGAGAUUUCAGCGUUCAUGAAGACAGACGCACAUGGCUAGAUCGACUCGGCAAGUGAAUCAAGAACAUAUGUACUUUAUGGGGUCGGAAACGCUUUCUCCUACCUGUUAACUUCUGUCCGACGAAUCUAGUAUACCCUUUUACUCUUCGAGUAACGGGUACAAAAAGUUAGUUGAUGUCAUUGUCUUCAAAUAUUGGUUUCUAUUGUCAGUUAAGAAUUCAAUUCUCUUAUAAAAAUUGUACUACUACUAAUUUGUUUUAUAAAAAGUCUUAUUUCAAUUAUUUUAUUUAUAUAAUUCCUUUAAAAUAAUAACCGAAAAUGGAAGCGUUUUAGACCAUAUUAUUUAUAUAUUCUUGAUGAGGAUCUGCGAUGUCUAUUAGUAUGAUUUCGUUGAUUUUUGCAAAUAAGCGUACAACUUAAAGCCAUCUUAUUUUAUUUUACCGACUCCCCCUUUCUCCUUUAUUUGGAUAAAGCAAAAUCAAACUUCGAGAAGGUUCCCAUAUUUGUCAUAAAAACGGGCACAAAUACGGCAGAUACAGACAUCCCUAGAUUGUCUCAAUAUUCUUGUUUCUUGUUAUAAUACAAAUUGUGUUUUAAAAUGGAGAUUUUAGAAAUAAAAUCCAUUUUCGUACAACAAAUAUUACUUGAUAUUAAAAAAAAAACAGAAUAUAAUUUGGUUUUUGAAAGAAUUUGUAUGAUAAAAUAUUUUAUUUGUCAAAUGGCUGUAUCUUCAAACGAUGGAGAAAUAAUUAAAACUUUACGUCAUAAGAAAUUGGUCUUGGCUUUAUCUGAAGCUCCGCAGUAAGUUUGAGCUGGUGCCAUUUAUUUACUUUAUUUAAUCAUAUUAACAUUUUUAGCCAGAACCAUAAUUUCGGUUCUUGGAAUAAUGUAUGGCUCGAUCAAAAAAUGAUGUAUUCAUAAAAAUACAGGCUACUGCUUACAAUUGGAAAUUAUAUUUACCAAUUAAGAAUUACCAUACAACAAAUUUUGGAGGCCUCAACCGUUUUCUCUACUAGCUAAAUAUCAUAUGUAAAAUUAUAAUUUAUUAUUCAUAGAGUUAGGAUACAUUGUUGUAAUCAAGUUCAAAUAAUCUAGUAAUAGUGAAUUUUCAGUUAUUACUAAUACUAUCAAUAAUAGAGUUCUCGAACUGUUUUAAUUUGUACUUUGUUAUUUAGUUAUAUGUACAUCAAUUUGAAAUGCUCCAGUUGUAAUUUUAAUUUCAGGGAUGAGUGCACGUCUUGUUUGUCCCUAACCUUACGAAGUGCUUUCUAUGAAACUAAGUUUUUAAACUUUUUUUAGUAUACAAAAUAUGUUAUAAAACCGUUAUUAAUUUAUUGUAUAUAUUACGCUAUUAUUGCAAAUGUAAUAGAUAAAGCUAACCUCAAUAAAGUGUAAUAAUUCUAAUAAGUCUAAUUCUUCUGCAAAGAACAACACAAUUUAUUUUAUCCUGUCAAAACAAACU